UCAUCACAGUCUUUGUUUGGCUCAGAGGGCUCCGCCCAGUGGGGCGUGUCUUAGAACGUCACAUUGUCCCUUCUGGGCUCCUUGUGAUCGCGGAGGGUAUACAGGUUUAAAGGGAUUGAUCAGCAGCGGAGAACGUACGUCUGGACCUCAUACCGGGGUAGCUAUGAAAUUCCAAUACAAAGAGGAUCAUCCGUUCGAGUACAGGAAGAAAGAGGGGGAGAAGAUCAGGAAGAAGUACCCGGACAGGGUCCCUGUCAUUGUGGAAAAGGCCCCUAAAGCACGGGUUCCAGAUCUGGACAAAAGGAAGUACCUGGUGCCAUCAGACCUCACAGUUGGCCAGUUUUACUUCCUAAUCAGGAAGCGGAUUCAUCUUCGCCCUGAGGAUGCUCUGUUUUUCUUUGUCAACAAUACUAUCCCCCCCACGAGCGCUACCAUGGGGCAACUGUAUGAGGACAACCACGAAGAAGACUUCUUUCUGUAUGUGGCCUACAGCGAUGAGAGUGUGUAUGGAAAAUGAAGCCAAAGAUGGAGAAUUGCAAUC